CUUUAGGUAAAUGCAAUGCCUAAAUUAUAUACCACUUUAGUUGAAUUCUAUCCCAGCCGAGCUCUUGACAAACAUGAACAGGGUUUGUGUGGCAAAAUUGGGUCACGGCAGGGUCCCAGGUUUUCCUUCCAGCCCUCAAGCCGAUAACAAUGCGUUGCCCAGGCGGAGUUUCAUUCCAGCAGUCACUCUCUUCUCGUGGGCGGUUUGUAGCAAUUCCAGUGGAAAUGCCAAUGCGGCAGCCAAUGGGGUUCCCAUGAUGGUGGAGCCAGACCUUCCAAAAUUUCGCAGAACAUCCAGUGGUCUCAAAAUCCAAGAAGUUUCCGAGGGAAUUGGACCGGAAGCUCGCAGAGGCCGGAUUGUGGAGUUUAACUACGUGUGCCGCAGAUCAAAUGGCUACUACGUCUACAGCACGAUGGAUUCAUUUAAUAAGGACAGUGAGCCAGUAACAUUCGCGCUAGGCGAAGGAAAGCUUAUCUCGGGAUUGGAAGAGGUGAUUACUGGAAUGAAAUCUGGAGGCAAAAGAAGAGUGCUCAUACCUCCCAGCCUUGGGUAUGUUUCUCCAGAUCUCGAGCCCCAGCCCCCAGAGUUUGGGCCUCGAAGAAGCCUCAUGGCUCACGCAAAAGAACCACUCGUCUUCGAGAUCCAGCUCGUAAGAGUUUCUCAAUAAAAGGGCGGAUCCAACGGCCCUGCUUUUGUAAAGGAAUGACUAUUCCGAUCUAACGGCUCCGAGUGAAUGUAUAAACGCUGCGUUGCAAGAGCCCUAAA